AACCAAAAAACACACUCAAUCCUCACUUAAAGAUGGUAAUCUUCAGAUGGAUUGCAAAACCAGAAAUGAGGGCUGUAAAAAAGGCAACACAACUUGCCAUGUUGCUCAAAGUUCAGAAAGUCAGGACUGCCAAUUGUCCAGGGAAAGAAUGAAUGUACCGGUAAAUAGGUGUGGUUUAAAGAGUGUGCUCUGACAUUUCAUUUUCUCACCUAACAAGACUAGGUAACAGACUCAGUUAAAGAUUCUCUUGCUAAGGAUGGAGCUCAUGAAUGAUUUUCAAGAUCACUUCAACUACAAUUUCAGAAGGAAUUACCUCUGUCCGUUUGUGAACUGAAGUGGCAGACCACAAAAUCCUGCUUGUCAGGUUUGACCACAGGCUAAGGGUGAACCGACCAAAUGUGUAAUAUGAACUCAUCGGCGAUGAUGGCUGUCAUCUUGUCAAAGAGGAUGAAUGAGAACUUUCCCCAUGAUGAGACCCUGCAGUACCUGUUAAUUCUGUGCACCAAAGUAGCUUUGAACACAUUUGUUUUGUGUUUCUGGAGGCAUAACAUUCUCAAGUCACUCCUGGGGCUCUGCAGUGUCUCAAUAUACGUGGCAGACGUGCUGUUGGUCUGUGCGGUCUUCGGCGCAUGGCUCUUUAAAGAACACCUAUCCACCUCUACCUCCAUGUGCUUCAUCCUGGCUCAUGGAUCGGCCAUCUACGCCCUGCUUCCUCUACUCAUUCUCAUCGCUGGGGCGUUUGACUACGCCAGCUACCCAAACCUAGACGUUAACCGUAGCUCUCGGAGCAGGCUUGUUGGUUACUGCAUUACGGUUGUGUUUAUGUGGGCAUCAGCCUUUGUUUUCACCUACCACUACACAGACGCACAACCUAAAGAGAUUUACAAGGACACGUCGACUGUCCUGGUGUGUCCCGUUUUCGGAUCUAACGUAGUUAAUCAAUUUAGUAUGCAGAUAUCUAUUGCAGUGGGUCUCAUACUUCUACUUGAUUUUAAGAAACUGAUAGGUUGGAUCAGAAGAGCCAAUACAUUGGCAGAGCUGACAAACACAAAGUUUGUUCCUCAUCAAGACUACACUUAUAUUCAUUUUGGGGAACAUGGAAAAUCAGAAAUUCAAGAAAGUUCCCCUCGUCUCUUUGUCAGUCUGACUCUAGGCUUUGCUGUGAACUGGGUGCCCUACCUGUUGAUGUGUUUGACAUGUUACUUGGUGGGUUUUAUGGUGCCAUCUUAUGCCAGUGUCAACCUUCUGUGGAUGGCCUGUGCCAACAGUGCACUGGUUGGCAUUGCCUUUUGGUUCAGAAGUGACAGGAUUGGACCUUACAGCAAACUCCCAGAUGACACUUGUAUUUGGAACAGCUACUGGCACUUGAGCAAAGAAACAACAACUGUGGACAGUGGACACAAAGCUGCCUACAAGAGUAAUUGUUCACAAGCCCACUUUACAUAUUUUCAAGAGAUCUAGUCUAACAAGUUUCAAGCUCUUUAAAAACAUAAAUCACUCUCACAACAACGUGUUGUUAAAAAUCAAAAAAAUGUAACCGCCCAACUGGUUAUCAACAGAGUUUUACUUUCAACUGUUGUUUGGCAGUGUUAGAAAAGUUACAUAAACUCAAUAUAUAAAUGAUUAUUAUAAGCAGCAGAACUCAAACGGAAAGAGGUACAGGAGAUUUGUCUAUCAGGAGAGUUUCUAUCAUGCUAUUUUUCUGAGUGUUAAAAGAGAGUAAAUAUUAAAUAAAUUAAAGUGUUAUAUUAUGUGUUUUUGCUCAGGAUUUAUACAGGAGGUGAUCUGUUAGUGUUUAAUGCUCGGGAAUUUUUGGGGGGUACCAUUGUGCUGAAGAGUAGAGCCUAAAGUUAGAACGAGGAUUGGCCAAAUAACAUUAAGUCUAUAUGUCGUUUUAUUUAUAAAGCAACGGCUAUGCAAUUCAGCACAGUCUAUGCUAAUUACUUUAGUACAUGCAGUUGUAUUUGUACUAUUGCUAAUAGCAGUUAACAGUAAAAGAGUUGAGUUAAAUUAAAGAAUCUGAUUCUUUAGAAGAAUCCAAAGUUAGCUACACAAAGUAUGCAAGUUGAAUAUAGUUUAAUAGUUGACUCAAAUUGAAUAAGUUCACAGUACUCAUAAAUAUUAGUUUGGGCAAUUAGUUUCCUCAAAUGGAUUGAGUUACCUUUUCUUGUUGGGUUUUACAGUGUGUAUUAAAUAAAGGAGUAAAGACAUACAAAAUGUGCAGAGGUGGGUCCCCAGGAGCAGGAUUGAAAACCACCGACUUCAUGUUCGUUAUAUUAGCAACAUGUUAAUGUAAAUGGAAAAGGAUGCUGAUACUGUAGACAGCAAGGUUACUUUAAGAUUUGGAGUAGAACGUAAAUUUUUUGGAAAAAUUUCAAGAUUUCAUGCAAGUUACAACAUUGUGGACAUUAAUCUUUCCAUUUUAUUUUGGAAUACAUCAACCCUUCUUUCUUUUUUCACCUCCUUUCUUAUCUGGGUAUGCCUGUUUUCCACGAAUACAUCACACUACAGUUAACUGGGCUGCAAUGUGUAAAAACAUGUUAAAUGUCCCUUAGCAACAAAACUCCAUUAUUUUAAACUUUUUUUUAUUUUUAUUUUUUUAUGGAGGGUUGAAAUGAAGGAAUGUAAAGCUUUUGGUUAUAUAUAUAUAUAAAACUGACAUUAUUAUUUUUUAAGUGUGUGUUUUGUAGUACUUUCCAUGGCAAUAAAGUUGUAAAAUCAGAUAUAACUUUUAUUCACACUAAAAUAAUAUUGUUUUAUUGUUUACAUAUACUUUUGAAAUCAUGAGUAUUUUAACAUUAACUGAUUGGCCCUAUUUACUUGCAUUGUAUGUGCCUCACUGGAGAUUUGUUUUUUGUUAGACAAAAAUAAAUAUUUUUUUU